UUCGAGUCAAUCGGCCUCGAGUGGAUUAUAAUUUUCGUCCGUCAAACAUUUUCUACUAGAGAAACCUUUACCUACCAUUUCUUCUCUGUCCUUAUCAGUGCCCAUGGCAUCUAACAGAUCAGAUAGCCUCAUAAAAUUAGCUGAAAGGCUUCGUCAUUAUAGUCCCUCCUCUAAUCCUAGCUCCAACAAUAAUAUUAAUAUUCAGAUUCACAAUCAAAUUCCAAUAAUUCAAAAAGAUGGGAUAGACCAAAUAGGUAAUAACAAUUAUAGUAGUAAUAAUUCAAGAAGAUCAAUAUCAAACAGGGCUGCAGUAUUGGUAUGUUUAUUUGAGGAUCAACAAGGCCAUCUUCGUGUUAUCCUCACUAAAAGAGCUUCCACACUUUCUUCACAUUCUGGUGAAGUUUCUUUGCCUGGUGGGAAAGUAGAAGAAGGUGAUGCCAAUGACAUUGAGACAGCAUUGAGGGAGGCUGAGGAGGAGAUUGGAUUAGACCGUUCACUAGUAGAUGUUGUCACUGUUCUUGAAUCCUUUACCGGCAGGAAAGGCAUUACGGUGAUUCCUGUUGUGGGCAUACUUUGGGACCGGAACACAUUCAACCCGAAAAUAAAUACUGCAGAAGUGGCAGCAAUAUUUGAUGCACCUCUGGAGAUGUUUCUUAAGGAUGAGAAUCGACGAGAGAAAGAGCUUGAAUACAUGGGAGAAAAAUGUGUACUCCAUUUCUUUGAUCAUGAAACCGAGAAUGGAAAGUAUAUAAUAUGGGCUCUUACUGCUGCCAUUUUGAUUAAAGCUGCAUCGACUGUGUACCAACGCCCCCCUGGUUUUCAAGAACGGAGGCUUAGCUUUUGGAGCAGAAGUCGCCAAUGAAAGAUGUUAUUGCCAAAUCUCUCGCGAGAUUUUUGAGCUUUGAACAUUGAACAUAGGGAUAGUUCCUUCAAAAUGAAUACAGAUAUGUGUCUUCAUAUGUAUCCUAGUAUUGCCAUUGAUUUCAGUGUAACAGAUCUUAGUUUAGUAGCAUGGUUGGUAGUGAAAGUGUAAUGUGUUAUUACUUGGUUCAAUAUUUUUGUAUAAAAUAUAUUACUACUUGGUUCAACAUUUUUGUAUAAGUUAUAUAAGUUGUUGAAAUAAUAUUGUAGAAGCUGUUGGGUGAUAA